CCGGAAGUAGAUAUACCAGAACCGGUGGCGUAUAUCCGGUGUCAUGGCGGCCUCCUGUUGAUUCCGCGUGUCAGACUACUACAAAGAUGGCAGACGUGGUGCAAGACAAAGGACAUGGCUUGAGCUUUGCGGAAAAGCAACUUAAGCGUCACGGUUGGAAACAAGGCAAAGGACUGGGGCGUGAGGAGAACGGCUUAUCGGAAGCCAUCAAGGUGAAAGUGAAAUGUGACAAGGGAGGGAUCGGCCACAAGGAAGGAGAGCAGUUCACGUUCCAAUGGUGGGAUCACGUCUUCAACAAGGCCUCGUCCAGUCUGCAAGUGGAGUCUGAUCAGGAUGGCAUCGCGUUGAAGAAGACAUCCGAGGACGGGGAAGAAGACAACCUGAUUUCAAACAAGAAGCCCCGCAAGGCCACGCUGGAUAAAACCAAACUCUAUGGAAGUUUUGUCAAGUCGGCCACGCUGCGGUCGGGUCAGGAGCAACCGGAGUCCAAGUCUUCAAUGUCCAGCGACGGCAGCAGCAGCUCAGACGAGGACGACGAGCAGAAACUGGAUCUGUCCAGCACCACGCAGCUGUCCGACUGCCAGCUCAUGAAGGUUUGCGGAGGACGCACUGCUCACAAAGGCGCCAGACACGGUUUGACCAUGAGCGCUAAGCUAGCCAGGCUGGAGCAGCAGGAGGCCGAGUUCAUGGCCAAGUACGGCAAGAAGAACGCAGAGGAGACGCCAAACCACAUAGCCGAGGAGCCUCAGAGCAAGAAGAAGAAAAAGUCAUCCAAAGAGAAGACGGAAGCGAUAAAUGGCCGGGCUGCGUCGGAAACGCCCGACCUUCAAGCCAAAAAGAAGAAAAGGAAAAAGGAGGCCAGGACGGAGAAAAGUCCUGACUGCUAUGCUGAACACGAGAAGGAGGAAGCGUUCUGUGUAGAACAUGGUGACGCACAAACUAAGAGGAAACAGAAGAAAAAUGAGCAGUUUAGAAGUUCGGAAAGAAGCACAGAGCAGCAGCAGGAGCAGGAUGAGGAUGUGGGACAGCACAUCCAACCUGCAGAAGAACAGCCAUUGAAGAAAAAGAAGAAGAACAAAAAGACCAAAAAUGAAAAAAGGUGUUCGGACUCAAUCAGCGAGCAGACGCCUCCACCAAAGAAGAAAAAACCCAAAGUGUAACUCACGAAGUUUCCCGUUUUGCCUGAGAACAAAAGUCCAGCGAUUUCGAACCUAAUCGUGUCCAUCACAUCCAAUCAUCUGCAUCACGUUGAAAGGUUCUAACAAGAGAACAGUGGCAUGCAACAUACCUUGCAUGCGUGCAUAUCUGUGGUCCAGUUCUCCAGAGGCGGUGCAGAGCCCGUCGGCCGCAGUGGAUUUAAGUUCCUCUGGUCUGGUAAUUGGGGUCACGUUUUUCUGGAAGGACCUUGGAACUGCACAGAUCAUUUUCAAAAGAUGCAAAAUAACAGUCUGUUUUUUGUGUAAUGACUGAUGUAGCAUCUCUCUUUGUACCUCCCAGAUACGCAUGGACUUGAAUUGUUGUAAGGUCCUUUAACCCUUGUAUUAUGUUGCGGGUCAAUUUGACCCGUUUCAGUUAAGGUUAACUAGCAUGAUUUGUUAACCGUUGUAUUAUGUUGCGGGUCAAUUUGACCCGUUUCAGUUAAGGUUAACAAGGUUGACUAGCAUGAUUUGUUAACAAAUCAUGCUAGCAUCAUGGUAGUUAACCCUUGCAUUAUGUUACGGGUCAAUUUGACCUGUUUCAGUUUUUGUGUUAAUGACCCUAGAUGAGGAAAAGUCACAAAAUUUCGUGAAGAAAAAGAAAGGAUAACCAGUACUUUGGUCAACACAAAAACUGAAACGGGUCUAAUUGACCCGUAACAUAAUACAAGGGUUAACAAAUCAUGCUAGUUAACCUUGUAUUAUGUUACGGAUCAAUUUGACCUGUUUCAGUUUUUGUGUUCAUGACCCUAGAUGAGGAAAAGUCACAAAAUUUCGUGAAGAAAAAGAAAGGAU